AGAACAAUUACCACCUUCUUUUAUAUUCAUUCGCAGUACGUUGUCAAAGAAACCUGAAAUGCAGUGCGUUCCAUUUUACAUUUUUCAAUUUUUGACGAUUGCAAAUAUGUCGGUUUGUACAAACCUAGGGACGCGUCAGUGUGUAACAGUUCUAAAUUAGAAUACUAAAAUAUUUAAUAAAUUCAAGUUAAUAUACGCUACGCACAGCGUAGAAUCAAUUUCGAGUGAGUGAAUUUUUCGAUUUUGUUUGGGCAUUUUUUUUUUAUUUUCGAUUAAUAAGUAACACUAUCGUCUAAAACGUAAAUCUUGGCCAUCUCGGUGUUCUGUGACCGAGUCAGCUGUCGCUGUCAGCCUCAAAAAAUAGCACUGUAGAAAAUAGAAUAGAGGAAUAAUUUAUUUAUUUGCACUUUCAUCGCGAAUCAACGUCCUGUUCGGGAAUUAUUCGCGGAUUAUGCAUUCGAUCGCCUAAAAAAACACAUAACAACAUGAGCAGCGAUUUGGACUCGGAGCUGUCCAGCGCGGACAUUUGCCGCGUGUGCAGGUCCGAGGGUGCCUCCGAACGGCCCCUCUUCCAUCCCUGCAUUUGCACGGGUAGUAUCAAAUGGAUCCAUCAGGAAUGCCUCAUGCAAUGGAUGAGGUAUUCUCGUAAAGAGUACUGCGAACUCUGCGGUCAUAGAUUCUCAUUUACGCCCAUAUACUCUCCCGAUAUGCCGAGAAGGUUGCCCCUCAAAGACCUAGCAGCGGGAUUGCUCUCUUCAAUCGCUACGGCCGUGAAGUAUUGGUUCCACUAUACUUUGGUCGCUAUCGCUUGGUUGGGAAUCGUCCCUUUGACUGCUUGUAGAAUUUAUCGCGCCUUAUUCACUGGAACCGUUGACGCCAUCUUAACUUUACCGUUCGAGAUGCUAUCGACUGAAAAUCUUGCUGCCGAUAUUUUCCAGGGUUGUUUUGUGGUAUGUUGCACUUUGUUUGCUUUCGCCGGAUUGGUUUGGCUCAGGGAACAGAUUCUUCAUGGCGGCGGGCCCGAUUGGCUCCAACGGGACGAUAUUGUGCCCGCUGGCGAAGAAGCACCUUGGGUACUUCAUAACAUCCCCGAAGAUCCUAACGAGAAUGAAGAAGAGAACAUCCAACAGGCAGAUGGGGGCGAACAAGCGAAUGAGAACGCGAAUCAGCCCGACCAAGAUGGAAACGUCGGCGAGGACAACAACUGGAUUCCCAUGGAGUGGGAUCGCGCAGCGGAAGAGAUCACAUGGGAGCGGUUGCUUGGUCUUGAUGGUUCUUUGAUGUUUCUCGAGCACGUCUUUUGGGUUAUCUCUCUAAAUACCCUAUUCAUCAUUAUUUUCGCUUACGGGCCCUACCACAUGGGCGUCCUGACCUUGUCCUUGCUCAAUUUGCAAGAGUACGCUUCAGAGAGCCACUUCGAGGGCUUACUGACGACGUUGGUCGGUUACAAUACCGUUGGGCUUUGGUUCAUGGUACUGCACCGAUUAUCGAGUUGGUUAGGGUUCUUCAAGGCUAAACGGGUACUCGGUCUGUGUUACGUGGUCGUUAAGGUGUCCAUGCUUUCCGUCAUAGAGAUCGGCAUAUUACCGCUCGUAUGCGGGUGGUGGCUCGACAUUUGUUCGCUGGCAAUGUUCGAGGCCACUUUGAGAGACAGAGAGCACAGCUUUAGCACCGCCCCCGGCACCUCGAUCUUCCUUCACUGGCUAAUAGGCAUGGUGUAUGUUUACUAUUUCGCUUCCUUCGUACUUUUGCUCAGGGAGAUACUCAGGCCAGGCGUUUUGUGGUUCUUGCGCAAUUUCAACGACCCAGACUUCAGUCCCAUACAGGAAAUGAUCCACCUGCCGAUCCUCGAACACAUCAGGAAACUUAUCGUUUCUGCGGUCGUUUUCGGUAGCGCCGUCCUCCUGAUGCUCUGGCUGCCGAUCCGCAUCAUCAAGGUCAUCCUCCCCUCAUUUCUACCCUACACAGUAUCCCUGAACAAUGACACCCAAGUGAACGAGCUGUCGCUCGAGCUGCUGCUGCUCCAGGUGAUACUGCCCGCGCUCUUGGAACAGUCUCACACGCGCGUCUGGCUCAAGGCGUUCGUUAAGAAUUGGUGCCGCGUGAUGGCUUGGCUGUUGGACCUUCACUCUUACCUGCUGGGCGAUCAAGAAGAGAAACGUGAUGACGGCGCCGAAGGCAACGAGGCCGCACGACAAGGGAACCAGCCCCAGCCGGGCGGCAACCUCGGGGCGGUGCACCAAGCCCUGUUUGUCAUGGAACCGCCCACCGGCUACCAGCCGUACCAGCGGCCAUCUUUCUUCAUAGCCCGCCUGGUGGCGCUGCUGAUGCUGGUGUGCGUGUCGUUGGUCGUUUCGUCGGUAAUAGCGCUCACGAUCCCGGUGUGGCUGGGCCGGAGGGUGAUGGCGUUAUGGUUAGUCGGCGCCCCGCCCCCCGGACCACAGAUCUCCGCGACAGAAGCAAAGACCGAGGUCAAAGUGCACGAACUGUACACGGCCGCUUGCGGCCUUUACUUGUGCUGGCUGGCCGCGCGAGCGGUCACCCUCGUGCUCGGUUGGUUGCCGCAAGGCCGCGCCGCCAUGAUGGACAGAUUGAAACAGUGGUGCCUCCUGGGUUUGAAAACGAUAAUCGCGAGUACCAUACUGUUGGGAAUAAUCCCGUUACUGUUCGGGCUUCUUUUGGAGCUGGUAGUGGUCAUACCGCUGCGUGUACCCAUCCACCAGACACCCAUACUGUUUAUUUGGCAAGAUUGGGCGUUGGGCGUGUUGUACACGAAAAUAGCGUGCGCGAUCACGAUGAUGGGUCCCGAUUGGUUCCUACGGGCGGCGAUAGAGCGCGCUUAUCGCGACGGGAUCCGCGACAUGAACCUGACGUUCAUAUUUAAAGAGCUCGCUGCCCCGGUUAUUGUUAGUUUCGGGUUCGCCCUGGCGGUACCUUACGUCAUAGCCUACACGUUUGUCCCGAUGUUCGUGACGAACCUGCAAGCGAGGAACCUGAUCGCCCGCCGCCUGUACCCGUUCCUGUUGCUCGCCGGCGUCGUGACGGUCGUGGUCGUCCUCCAGGUGAGACAGUUUCGGAAACUCUAUGAGCACAUCAAGAACGACAAGUAUUUGGUGGGACAGCGCCUCGUCAAUUACGACCACAGAAAGUCCAAAGUUCAAGACGCCACCGCCACGUAAAAUUUCGCCUGGACUUUUUUUUUGUGGGACCGUUCGCGCGCCGAUGACGUCAUCACUUGUUAACUCGUAGGGAACGUAAUUCGCCUCAGAUCUAUUUUCCCAACCAUAUAAUUUUUUGCUCCACAAACAGUAUGCAAAACAACUAUAUUCCACCCCUACUACAAAAAACUUUAUGGCUAGAUUACAUAUACUCGUCAUAAUUCUGCUCCACCCAACCGCAAGCCGCACCUUAUUUCCUGUUUCACUUGCAAAAGCAUUUUUAAUCGCUGCCACAAAUACGGAAGGGAAUAUGUUUUUUUUUUUCGGUUUUCUGGGACAUGUUUCUGCUUCCAAACUAAAAAUUAAUUUAUUGUGGUGUUGUGUCUGUGUCACGCCACAAGAUAUUUUUUGUGGCGCGGAUCGGUAAGGUCGCCACAAUUAACGGAAAGUUUAUUUUCGACCCCACAAAAAAAACUUUUGUGGUCGGAAUAAGUUUACGCACUUAUUCCUGGCACCCCAAUGGGCAAUUUAUUGCGAAACCCAGCGUCUGUAGGAGCUAAUGGAAUAGUUUAAUUUUAUAUUUGUGCGCCGCAGACAAUUUGUAAAAUUUUGAUGACGGGUCGCUUCGUGGGUGAACACCAAUCAGGUGUUUUCGCGGUCGUAGAAAACCUUUUAGUUUUUAUUUUUGCUCCUUUAUUGGGAUCUUAAAAUUUUUUUCAUUCAGACAGUGGAAGGCGUGUGACUUUUUUAUGGGAAAUAUACGCGAAGCGUUACCAUACGAAGACUGAAAGAUUUUUUUUUGGCAAAUGUUUAUUUUUCUGGCAUAAUUUUUUUUGCAUUGUUUGCAGCAAAUUUAAUUUGCAUUCUGAACGGUUUGUUCUAGGAUUUUGUAAAUAAAAAAACGAUAGACUUUGUUACGCAACUUUUUUGGCCACAGCGUUGCCCCAAAUUUUGUGACGAUUAUUUACAGUGAACGUGUAGGGACUCGUACGCGGGAGUGUAAUUUUCCAUCCCAUGUUGUCGGCGGCUUCUUUUCACCCUUGCAGACUACAAAUAUUUUGUCAAGAUCUGUGAAACUGUUUGAAAUAAAGACUUGAGUUUUUACCGUCGGCAUUUUCUUUUGUUUGCCCGAAUAAAACACCGAACUA